AGCAUCCUGUUUGCUGACAUCGAGGGCUUCACCAGCUUGGCAUCCCAGUGCACUGCCCAGGAGCUGGUCAUGACGCUCAAUGAGCUCUUCGCCCGCUUCGACAAGCUGGCUGCGGAGAAUCACUGUUUACGUAUUAAGAUCCUGGGGGAUUGUUAUUACUGUGUCUCUGGGCUGCCUGAAGCGAGGGCCGACCACGCCCACUGCUGCGUGGAGAUGGGCAUGGACAUGAUUGAGGCCAUCUCGUUGGUCCGGGAGGUGACAGGGGUGAACGUGAACAUGCGCGUGGGAAUUCACAGCGGGCGAGUACACUGCGGUGUCCUUGGUCUCAGGAAGUGGCAGUUCGACGUCUGGUCUAAUGACGUCACGCUGGCCAACCAUAUGGAAGCUGGAGGCAAGGCUGGGCGCAUCCACAUCACCAAGGCCACACUCAGCUACCUGAACGGUGACUACGAGGUGGAGCCAGGCUGCGGGGGCGAGCGCAACGCCUACCUCAAGGAGCACAGUAUCGAGACCUUCCUCAUCCUGCGCUGCACCCAGAAGCGGAAAGAAGAAAAGGCCAUGAUCGCCAAGAUGAAUCGCCAGAGAACCAACUCCAUUGGGCACAACCCGCCCCACUGGGGGGCCGAACGUCCCUUCUACAACCACCUAGGAGGCAACCAGGUGUCCAAGGAGAUGAAGCGCAUGGGCUUCGAAGACCCCAAGGACAAGAACGCCCAGGAAAGUGCGAACCCUGAGGAUGAAGUGGAUGAAUUUCUGGGCCGCGCCAUUGACGCCAGGAGCAUCGACAGGCUGCGGUCGGAGCACGUCCGCAAGUUCCUCCUGACCUUCAGGGAGCCUGACUUAGAAAAGAAGUACUCCAAGCAGGUGGAUGACCGAUUCGGUGCCUACGUGGCAUGUGCCUCGCUUGUCUUCCUCUUCAUCUGCUUUGUCCAGAUCACCAUCGUACCCCACUCCGUGUUCAUGUUGAGUUUCUACUUGACCUGUUUCCUGCUGCUGACGUUGGUGGUAUUUGUGUCCGUGAUCUAUUCCUGCGUGAAGCUCUUCCCGGCCCCGCUCCAGAGCCUCUCGAGGAAGAUCGUGCGCUCCAAGACCAACAGCACCCUGGUCGGGGUGUUCACCAUCACCCUGGUGUUCCUGUCGGCUUUCGUCAACAUGUUCAUGUGUAACUCCGAGGACCUGUUGGGCUGCCUGGCGGACGAGCACAACAUCAGCACCAGCCGGGUCAACGCGUGCCACGUGGCGGCGUCGGCGGCCAACCUCAGCCUGGGCGACGAGCAGGGCUUCUGCGGCAGCCCCUGGCCCAGCUGCAACUUCCCCGAGUACUUCACCUACAGCGUGCUGCUCAGCCUGCUGGCCUGCUCCGUGUUCCUGCAGAUCAGCUGCAUCGGGAAGCUGGUGCUCAUGCUGGCCAUUGAGCUCAUAUACGUGCUCGUCGUCGAGGUGCCCCGGGUCACACUGUUUGACAACGCUGACCUGCUGGUCACCGCCAACGCCAUAGACUUCAACAACAACAACGGGACCUCGCAGUGCCCUGAGCACGCGACCAAGGUGGCGCUGAAGGUGGUGACGCCCAUCAUCAUCUCCGUCUUCGUGCUGGCCCUGUACCUGCAUGCCCAGCAAGUGGAGUCCACCGCCCGCCUGGACUUCCUCUGGAAACUGCAGGCCACGGAGGAGAAGGAGGAGAUGGAGGAGCUGCAGGCCUACAACCGGCGGCUGCUGCACAACAUCCUGCCCAAGGACGUGGCUGCCCACUUCCUGGCCCGCGAGCGACGCAACGACGAGCUCUACUACCAGUCGUGCGAGUGCGUGGCUGUCAUGUUCGCCUCCAUCGCCAACUUCUCCGAGUUCUACGUGGAGCUUGAGGCCAACAAUGAGGGUGUCGAGUGCCUGCGGCUGCUCAAUGAGAUCAUCGCUGACUUUGAUGAGAUCAUCAGCGAGGAUCGGUUCAGGCAGCUGGAGAAGAUCAAGACCAUUGGCAGCACCUACAUGGCCGCCUCAGGCCUCAAUGACUCUACAUACGACAAGGUGGGCAAGACCCACAUCAAAGCCCUGGCUGACUUUGCCAUGAAGCUCAUGGACCAAAUGAAGUACAUCAAUGAGCACUCCUUCAACAACUUCCAGAUGAAGAUCGGGCUCAACAUCGGCCCCGUGGUGGCCGGGGUGAUCGGGGCUCGCAAGCCUCAGUACGACAUCUGGGGCAAUACGGUGAAUGUGGCCAGCCGCAUGGACAGCACCGGCGUGCCGGACCGCAUCCAGGUCACCACGGACAUGUACCAGGUGUUGGCUGCCAACACGUACCAGCUGGAGUGCAGGGGUGUGGUCAAGGUCAAGGGCAAAGGCGAGAUGAUGACCUACUUCCUCAACGGUGGGCCCCCGCUCAGUUAGCAGCUGCCAACUGGUGAUGCCAGGCCGCCUGGCCUCCUGAGAAACGGAAAUGGCUUCUUUGUGUGCCGGUGGGCAGGUGGAAGCCUGCGCUCUAGCCCGUGUGGCCGCGCCGGUGAGAUUUUCCACUUUGACUCCAGAAGCAGCUUCUGCCUUUGUGGGCAGGCCCCAGGCCCUGGGGUGCCAGCGUCCUGCGAGCACCAAGCUGACCAAAGAUGUUUCCUCCGUGGAAGACUCCGCCAGGCGUGAUCUGAGUCUCGAGUUUUCUAACGGGUGCUGCUACUGCACGGGUAGAAAGGAGCUGCUGGAGCUCUGGCGGCGUGUGGUAGCCAGGCGUGAAAUGCUCCUGUGUGAGCAUUUCAGCUUCCGCCAGAGGCCACGGCCCCUGCCCCACGGAGGGGCUUCUGGCGGGAGUGCUGGCUGUGGAGGGGCUGCGGCCUUCUCGCAGUCCUCCUCCUGCACCCGCACACGUAGACGACGCCUCGUCGAGGGGAACGGAACGAAGUGCGAGGGGGAGGCGAGAGGACUCGAGGCAAGGAGGGGUGGUUCUGAGAAAAAGAAUAUUUAUUAAAUAAAACAACUUUCUGUGCCCUU